GUGUUUCCGGUGCUCUUCGCUCUCGUUUCGGGCGUUCACUUGGCCUGGCUGAGGGUGGCUACUUUCCAGCCGGAAUCCGGCUGCCGGUAUCCCGCGUUUCCCUUUUCACCGCGGUGCAGUCAGUGAAGUGAACGGCCCUUCGAAGCCGCACCGGGAGGGAUUCCCUGCCGCCGCCGCCGUUUGUGAAGGACUCGGAGGCUGGACUGUGCUCACAAUGAAAGCAAUCAUUCAGAGAGUGUCGAAAGCGAGCGUCACGGUUGGUGAGCAGCAAGUAAGCAGCAUCGGACGAGGACUCUGUGUUUUGCUUGGGAUUUCUGUGGAUGAUACGCAAAAGGACGUUGAAUACAUGGUGCGGAAGAUCCUCAACAUCCGGCUGUUCGAGGAUGAGAACGGUCGGGCUUGGAGCCAGAGUGUAGUGGACCGGGAGCUGGAGGUGCUGUGCGUCAGCCAGUUCACUCUACAGUGCUACCUGAAGGGGAACAAGCCUGACUUCCACGGGGCCAUGCCAGCCGAGCUGGCACAGCCUUUCUAUACCAGCAUGUUGGAGCAGAUGAGGAGCGCUUACCGGCCGGAGCUGGUCAAGGAUGGCCAGUUUGGGGCCCGCAUGCAGGUGCACAUUCAGAACGACGGGCCAGUCACCAUUGAGCUGGAAUCUCCCACUGGGCCCAUGGAUUCUAAACAGCUGGCUAAGCUGGAGAAGCAGCAGCAGCGAAAGGAGAAAACCCGACCCAAGGCGACCUCCGAGUCGGGCAGAGAGAAGGCUGCCUCGCGGCCCAAGGUGGACCCGAGCGCCAGCAGCGGGGCCGAGGGAGACGUGUCGUCCGAGAGGGAGCCCUAAAGCGGCUGCCUGAAGGUCACAUUUUCAGGACUAAAGGACCUGGUACCCUGAACAGCUGUCAUCCACUGUAACCCUGGGUUUUUGUGGGCAUCUUUCUCAGGGGGCCAUGAGGCUGUGGGUUACAUUAUACACCAGGAAAUCCACGUACUGUUCCUCCUCUCUCUUCUCCAUCGCCUUUGUACAUGAACACAGGGACGGCAGUAGGAUUCAGCCUAAAUGCAUGUAACUAUGGCAAUGGUGGCAAAAGAAUGUAAAGAAACUGGGUGUCCAACUUUUAUUUCCUCUUUUGGGGGGAAAAUAUAAAAUGUGGAUAUCAGCUUUUUUGCAUUCACUUUUUUUCUUAUAAAUCUUAAAACUAUUACAGAAUAUUUGCUCUUUGGUAUUGGUAACGUGGAAUAAUUUGAAAUCACACAAGGCUGUGAAAAGAUUGAGUGUUUCGCUCUGACUUGUCAGCCAGUUUCAUGGUGUCCAUAUUAGUCUUGUGAAAGGAGAGGGAAUCCUGCCAUUGCAGCGCUGCCACUUUGUUUAGAACUGAGUACGUUUUAAUAAAUAGAUGUUUGUGUGUAAGACAUUCAAGAGAAGAUAUCAAUUCUAAACUCAAAUCACCUGCCUGUUUUAUUCUGAAUCGUAAAAAGUCAGAUGAACACUUUUGAACAGACACUCGUAAUUUAGAUUUGCAAAAUGUAUCAGGGUAAUUGCUAAGAAUGUGUUUAAUUUUUGAAUUUGAAAAUUGUCUGCAUACAUGUGUUUGGACUGUAAACUUGAAACAUAAUCUGCCAUUUUGUAUUUAUUUGUAUCACUUUGAAUUUAAGCUUGGGUGUAUAUUUUAUAAAGAAUAUAACAAAACAUGUUACAUGUUUUCUAAUAAGUUAUGUACUGCUGUGUACAUGAUUUAUAUAUACAUGGUAGGUACAGGAGUGUGUUCGCUAUGCUUUGUGCGUGCGCCCGCAUCACUGAUGUGUGUUGCUUGUACACACACGUCUGUGUGUUCAUUAGGGUCCCUAUCCAGUCUUUCCAAAAAGCAACAAGCUAAGCACUGGCUCCACACACACAAUAUGCAGUGCUCCUUAGUUCACAAGAUGUGAAUUUAAUUUAAUUUGCCCUCUCUGUCAUGGGCCUGUCAGGUUCUUGCUAUAAGUUGCCCAUCAAGCCGGUUCUCUGGCAUGUUCGCUGCACAAUAGUUGUCCCUUUCUUCUGUCAUUUUAAUUCCGUGUGUGUGUGUGUCCGUGUCCUCGACCUCAUUGCAGCACAAUCAGGUCAUCCUCCAAACAAGAGGAAAUAAACACAUUGAACCUUUGGUGAGAUGCACUCAUGGAGGACAGUUUCAUGUUCUUGUUCCAAGUGCUUUAAGCUAAAUAUUCAAAUGCAUUUGUAAAAACUGACA